AUGGUCGACGACGCGGGUGCCGCCGAGGCUCUGGGGGACAGGCUGCUGGGGUUCCCACUUCCGCCGCCACGGAUUCGCUCCCGGCCGUGGUGGUUUCCUGUGCAGGAGCUGAAACCGCUGGUGUUUUCUUUGGAGGCGUGGCUGGCCGACUCGAUCUUCCGCCCAGACCGAGACGUGGUUCCGGAAAUGGAGUGGAUGAGCCAGGCCCUGCUGAUGGUGGACGCAGUUCACGCCGGGAAGUUGGUGGAAAUCACCGGCUUCGGGCGGCCGGCUGUCCAGCGCCGGGUGAAGAGCGUGCUCCUGAGCCUGGCGUCGAGUCACCGGGAGCAGCGCGCCCGAGCUGAGAAGAUGGAACAACGCGAGGAGUUCUUGAAGGCCCAGGCACCGGGUCCCCAGGUCCCCCAGCGUCCUGUUGCGUAA